UGUUCAACAUGGUGGGCAACUCUACUUUUGUUAUAUUUUUUAUUUGCUUUUUUAAUUAUUGCUUUGUUUUUAUUAUUGUAAUUUUUCUUCCACUUCCCUUUUUAUUUUUUUUUAAAAUUUGUUCUCGCGUUUGGUAUAUUGUUUUUUCAUUUUAUGUACUUUGUAGUAAUGUAGAAUAGAAUUUCGCGUUUUUUCCUUUUCACUUCAAUUUUACGUUUUUUCACAAUUAAGCCUUAUUAAUGUUUUAUUUUUCAGAUAUUUUAGAUAAUUUAUUAUUUACUUUAUUUUAAAUGCCUUCAAAAGAUAGAAUCAACCGGAGGAAACGACGACAGCGUCAUUCGGCUGAAGGUGAGUUUGGUAGUAGUGCAACUAAUAGUUGCGAGGUUGAUGGGGUUUCCGUUGAUGGUAGAUUAUUGAAUGUUAAUUCACCCGGGGUUACUUUUGGUGAUGGUAAUUUAGAUAGAGUUUCAGUGGUUGAUGGUGGUGAAUUACAUUCUGAAAAUGUUUUGUUUGAGAGUUCAUUGGUUGAUGGUUCUUUAGUUGAGAGUUCUUUGGUUGAUGGUUUUAGUGGUGGAAAUUCGGUGAUGGAAAGUUCUUUAGUGAAUGAUGUGUUAGAUGUGAGUUCUUUAGGUGAUGGGUUAUCUGUUGGUGAUAAUUGUAAUUUGAGUUUCGUUGCAGAUUUUGAUAGUUUAUCUGUUGCUUCCCAGAGUCUUUCAUUAUGUAGUGAUUUAUCUUAUGAAAAAUCAAAAGGAGGUAGACCAAAAAAGCGAAAAGGUGGGCCUGGGAAGUUAACACAAAUUUUAUGUUUGGUUUAG